CCGUGCUUGAGUUAACAACGUCUUUUUCCCCAAAACAACAAGUGGUAAGACAACGCGGCUAAAAGUUAAAAAAAAAAAUUCAAUAAAAGAGAAUUGAAGAAAAAAAAAUAAGUUGCGUGAAACGAACAACCGGCGGUUUUAAGUUACGACAACAUAAAAUAAAAGAUAAGAAAGCAAAGAAGAUAGAAACCAAAAAAAAAAGAAAUGAAAAAUUAACACCAACAAGUGUAUAAAAAAGAGUAACUAGUGAAUGAGAGAGUGUAAGUGCAUAAUACUUGUAAUACUCAUAUCUGAGAGAGUGUAAUUUAAUACUUGAUCAAUAAAAGAAGAAAAAGUAAAAGAAAAAGAAGUAAAAAUUACAAUAAAAAAAGUGUUUAAGUGUUUGUGUACUAAACUUAAAAGUGUAUUUGUUCACUAUGAAAAGUGAAUAAACAACAACUUAACUACUCUCUAUAUCUUUACCUGAAUAAGUAUCUAUCUCCUUUAUCUACUUGGAGCACUCUUUUUUUUGUUAUAUGAAUAAGAGUGCUUACUUUUUUGUUGUUGUUUGUGUCUGUGUGUAUGGAGUAAACGCAAUAAUAGUUACAACAAAUACAACAUCGCAAUAUUGGAGUGCAUGAAUGGCGUGGAUUUAUCAACUUUAAAACUGAAAAUUCAUGACCAAUGAUGGGGUUUUAAUUAAUAAAUUUAUAAAUAUGUUGAACAUAUUACAUAAAAGUAGAACUUAAAUAAAUUAAACAACUUUAACUUUAUUAAAACUUGCUAAAAGAUAAAAAAGAAAUUCUAAAGAAAGUUACAAAAUACAUAAUUAAAGUUUAAGAAACAUAAUGCGUCGAAAACCUCAACGAAAUUUUAAUUUUAUACAAAAUCUCAACUUUAAAAGCUCGAUAAUGAAACGUUUGAGCGAAAACAUUAGCAGCAGCAAGUUAAAGAUCUCUAUAAGUUGGACGACAUCAAAACUGAUGAUGACUGUUUUAAUGACACUGAUUGUGCUGGUUUUGGCUAAUUUGGCUGAUGGUGUGCAAGAUGUUUCACAAAUCUCACCAAAAUCCAGUAGCCAUAUGGAAAAUAUGGAUUUAAAUCCAUUUAUAAAAACCUCAAAACUAUUACUGGAAACAACAAUGUCCCAUGCCGUACCAAAUAAUCAAAAAAUAUCCAAACCUUCUCAGUUCAGCGGUGAGAAUGAGACACGUGAACAUAUACGAGUAGAACGUUCAGCAUUGCCUAUACUAAAUGAGAAUUUUCCAAAAAUCGGACCAAAUAAUGUACAAUUUCCCGGUGAGAGUGAAAAAGAAGCAGCAGCUGGUCGUUAUUUUCAAUAUAAUAUAAAACCCACUAGUACCUUUGAUCAGCAAUCGGAAAAUGUAGAAACAACUCAUAAAGUUCGGGAGGGUAAAUCGGUGAAUUUGGCUACAUCUGCUGCUACUAUGACCGGUCCUUUUUUAGUAAAUGGGGACCUUCGACAGCAUAUGUCGGGGUCCCAAAUCGUGAAUCCAACGAGCAGCAGUACUGCGAUCUCGACAGCAGCUACUGCCACCUUGGCUCCACAUAAUCCUCGACAAAAUCCCAAUCCCGAUAUACAGGACAUAAUAACAGGCAUUGUAAAAUUGCUUAAUGGUAAUGUCAAUGUUCAUGCCAACACCCAAGGUGUGAGACGUCCCUCGGCCAGUCGUAUUAACAACCGUGGUCCACCUAGAAUAUCGGAAGUGCAAAAUUUGCCUGUAGAAUAUGAUGGUCAAAAGCCUGCUGGUCCUUCAUCCAUACGACCACCACCUUUUCCUUUUGAUCGGCCGGAAAGACCUUUCAUUACUGGAGUUCCCAUACCCGAACAGAUUGUUCCAGUACGUCCUGGUUUUGUUAGUAAUCGUCCUCCUUGGCAUCGUAACAAACCCAGACCACCAAUUACCACUUCGAUUGGAGGUCGUAGACCUAUACCUCAAUACAAACCUAUGCCUUCUUCACAAAUGCAACCGCCCCAAGAAGGUGAACAACAAUCUGGAAAUGUUCCUAGUAUGCAAGCUACAGGACCUCUUGAAAUGCCUACAGUUGCAGAAGAUUAUCAUGAUAACAAUGAAAGUCCUGCUCCGGCAGACAACUCAUUUGACUCGGAAUUUUCAAAUGAAGAUUUAAAUUCUCAAUAUAUUGAGGUAUCCGAUAAUGAUACAGAUACUCAGACCACUAACAAUACAGCUGACAAGGUAAUAGAAGAACUACAACCUCCACCAAUAACAACGAAAAAGGAGGAACAUCCCAUUAAAAAGAAGAAUAAUAAACACAAAACUUCCGAUAAGAAAAAACAUUCGUCUGAUUUUUACACCACCAUAGUAGAGACCAGCUCUGAGGUACAUACCGUAAUGCAUAUGUCUUCUACUUACGUACCCAUGCCCAUGGAUACAACUGAGAAUGCAGUUGGCAUUGAUCCCUCUACAGAAGAAGUUAUUUUUAUGACUGCCAGCAAAACACCAGAGUUAGAAGCUGUGGCCACGAAAACCACAAAUAAAGAAACUUCUUCCACUUUGAGCUCUUCUUCUACAGCCACAUCCACUGCCUUAAAAACAAAACUAUCAACUAGCAUAACUACUAAGCCCUUAAACUCCGCCGAAUAUGAGGGAACAAGUUCUAGCAGCUCAAAAUUGAAUACGGAGUUAAAGAGUACUAUUGUUCCCACAAAAAUUACCUCUGUUCCCAUACCCACCACUACUACUAAUACAUAUACUACUACCACAACCACUACUACUACCACCACCACUACCACAUCUACAACUGAAACCGUACCCACCUCAAAUAACCAACAUCCAAAUCCAACAACGCCAAGUCCAACACCAUCGCCACCACAACUACCCGCCCAAUACCAACCAAGGCCUGGUAUUGUAUUGGAUGAUCCCGAGUUUCAACCCGGUGGUCGUCCUCGGCCACAACGUCCACCGCAACCCCAAGCGUCGCGUAAUCCAGGACCACCUGUUAACAUACAGCCAACACGUCAACAUUUACCACCCGGUUAUGGUGAAAUAUUUGAUGUAACAUUGUCGGCCAUACAGGGACCUGGUUCCAAGGGUGGUUCGCAACAAACUAUAAAUAUUAAACCAUUUGGUUCUUAUGGCUCUACGGGUGGUAAUGGUGCUCAACCUGGUGCCGAUAUUAUAGUGUCCGCUUCAGGUGAUGAUGGUUUUGUUUCCAUAGAUGGUAAACGUACUUACAUCAAUCUUUUUGGUGAUCCCACAGAUCCUCCGACAGGCGUUCAAUUGCCCUCAACACCAGCCACAGCUAUACCCCAGCUGCCGGGUAGUGGUAGCUCGAGCUCAACCUCGAAGCCAAUUAGUAGUACUGGUAGUGCUCUUGGUGAUGGUAGUGCUAAUUCUCCAGCAUCCCCGGUAACGCAACAAAACUCACCCGGUUCAGGAUAUGGUGUAGCGGAAACGGAAAUUGUUGAUAUUCACACAAAUAAACCGCAACAUGUUAAACCACAACAGCAGCCUCCGACAACCACUAACGCCGGACCGGCUAGACCUCACUACAGACCACGUACCACUCAACCGCCAGUGCGCAUUGAUACCUGCAUUGUGGGAGAUGAUUCGACCUGUGAUCAGGCUCAACAUGAACAUUGUAAAACGGAAAAUGGUGUAUCAAGUUGUCACUGUAGACCGGGCUAUUCCCGACGCAAACAUCGGGAACCUUGUCGCCGUGUGAUAACAUUCUAUAUAGGCAUGCGUGUUGAUAGAAUUUAUGAACAUCGCAUCGUUUGGGAUAAUAAACUGGCCGAUCGUAAUAGUGAGCCAUUUAGUCAAUUGAGUUUUGAGUCCAUUAGAGCUAUUGAUUCAGCCAUGUCGAUGACACCCUAUUCAGAUGAAUUCAUGGAUGCCAAAGUCAAUAAUAUAUAUCGAGGAGAUCCCAAUUUAGGAGGCAGUGGUGUUUAUGUCAAUUUAACAAUUAAGUUGGAUGAAAGCGUUGAAACACUGCGUCCUAAUCUGCGUACUGAUGUUCAAAAACAUUUACUAGGAGUACUGCAUAGACGCAACAAUAAUAUUGGCAAUUCAGUACUAUAUGUCAGUUCACCCGAGGGUGCUAUAUCGGCUUUAAGAGACUUGGAUGAAUGUCAAAUGAGUGAGUUAAACGAUUGUCAUCCCACAGCUACAUGUGCAAAUAUUUGGGGUAGUUUCCGUUGCACUUGCCAGGAGGGCACUAAAGAUCCUUGGUAUGAUCAACCUAGUCGUGCGGGAAGAGAAUGUCAAACUUGCCCGGAAGCCUAUUGCAAUAAUCGUGGUGUUUGUAGUUACAAUGAAGAGGGAAAUCAAGUGUGUACCUGUGAUUCCAGUCAUUAUGGAGGACAAUGUGAAAUUGAUGGCGAAGUUUUGGGAGUAGCCAUAGGAGCAUCAGUUGCUGCAGUUAUUAUCAUAGUACUGACAUUGAUCUGUUUGAUAAUGUGGUCACGUAGAUGGCAAAGGGAACAAAAGAAUGCCAUUGGAUCACCAGUAUUUGGUUAUAUGAAUACAGCACCUUUAAAGUCAGCCGCUUUACCACAACCGGGUUAUCAAGUUACCUUAGAAGAUCGUAUGCGUUGGGCCCAAAUUGCCGAUGUUAUGGCACAAACCAAUCACUAUGGGGCUGAACCUAUUGGUGGACCUACACGACCUUCAUCGGCCAUGUUUGCUUAUCCUAAUUUACAGACAUUGGGUACAAUGGGUAUGGGUACGAUUGGUGGGAUGUCUAUGCAAAGUACUAUGCAACAAAUGCAUCAAAGUAAUACCAUGGCACCGCCAGUUCCCCUACCACGGUAUGAUUUGGGGUUAAAUUCGCGUAACGCAGGUAUGAGAACAUUAGAAAAUUCAAGCUCUAGCGAAGAAGAAGAUCGUACCGAUUUGUUGGGUAGAAAUUUCCAAGUACCACGGCCGAAAAGUCGAAGCAAUGGUAGCAUAACGAAUCAAUCUGGUAUUUAUUAUGAUGUUGACUAUGAACCAUCGGCCAAUGGUAUUGGUAGUUCUAGUGUAGAUCGUCUAUACGGCUCACAGAAUCAGUCGACAACACAUUCGCACAUGGGUAAUCAUCAUAUACCGGGUCCACAAGGUAUACCCAUGAGUACGUAUACAUCGGGACGGGCACCCAGUAGUUAUUACAUGAAAUAGAUCCUUAGUUUUUUUUAUUUAAGUCAUAUAACACUGAAUAAUAUCAAAAAAAUACUCGUAUCGAUACGAGUAAAUUUGUAAUUUGUAGAUAUAUUUAGAAUAAGUUUAUCUAUAUAUUUAUACAUAAAUAUCGCGGAUAUUUCUGUUAAUCUAAAUAUUUAAAUAACGAUAUUUUUACUUAAAAAUUAAUGUGUUUUCUUGGCAAUAAAUUGUUGUACGUAUCUAAAUAUAUAAAUAUGUUUAACAUUAAGAUACUUUAAAUCUUUAGUCCUAGU